UCCCCAAGAACGUCAACAUGUUUACAUAAGUUUCUCAUUCAGUGAGCGAAUUUCACACUGAAUUGUUGUACAUAUUUGAAUUUGCUUAAAAUUAGUUUUAAUAAUGAAUAACCUUAACUAAUAAGCUUGAUUUUCUCCUACAAGACAAGAAGGCUUUGCCUAAAUCCAUCUAGUGAUAUGUUCCGUUCGUUGCGAUUUGCUGUAAAGAGUUCGUUGGGCAACCAAAUCCGCACUCCUCAAGGAUUCACCCGAUCGCUCCAUCUCAAGCCACCAGCUCUAGCGGGUCACUCCAAGUGGCAGAACAUCCGCCACAUCAAAGCCCUUAACGAUGGCCGCAAGUCGACACUGUUUAUCAAGCUUGCCCGCCAAAUGCGACUUGCGAUGCAAGCCGGUGGCCCCAAUCCGGCGGUGAACGCCACGCUGCGAGCCGCCAUCGACGAGGCGCUCAAGAAGAACAUGCCCAACUCGACGAUCCAGGGCAUCCUGAAGAAGUUUGCCACCCAGCAGUCGGCGGCUCAGCUGAAGAAGUUCACCGUGGAGAUUAAGGCGUUCGAUCAGGUCAACCUGAUCUGCGUGCUGUACACGGACCGGUUUACGCAGCUCAAGAUGGAGAUGGCCACGACGUUGAGGAAGAAUUUUUCAAACUUCUCUGAAGUUAAGCACAUGUUCGACGAGCAAGGUUACGUGGAGGCAAUAGCUUCCGAAAACAAAGCUGAAAGCGAUCUGCUGUCAGCUUGUACCGAAGACGCCAUCGAGGCUGGAGCUGAAGAUGUAGAACUUAUGAACGAGGAGAGCAGGUUGAUAAGAUUCCUCUGCGAUCCGAACGAGAUCGAUCGGGUGCGGACGCAGCUGGAGAAGCUCGGCUACGUGGUGGAGCACAGCGAGCAUGCAUUUUUCCCCAAGAGUACGAUCAAGCUGAACCCGGACGCGACGGAAGCGUACGAGAAGCUGAAGGAGAAGCUGCAAGCGAUGGACGGGGUGGAGGAUCUGUACGAUAACGUGGAGGUGGUGUACCAGUGAUUCGGGGUUGGGAAGUGGGUAGUAAUAAACACAAUUGAAAGUUUC